AUGCGCGAGAUCCUGUCGAAGAACCCGGACGACGUAGUCUUCACGUUCGCGAAGCGCACGGCGGUGGGGAAGGCGCGCAAGGGGCAGCUCAAGGACGUUCCCGUCGACGAGAUGUUGCUGGCCUUGUUCAAGGCCACGUUCGAGAAGACGGGACUCGAUCCAGCCAAGAUAGACGACAUCUGCGUCGGGACGUGUCACCCGCCCUCACCGCUCUACGUCUCCCGCGCAGCCGCCUUGGCUGCGGGCAUCCCCAACUCGGUCCCCAUCUCCACCGUCAACCGCCUGUGCUCGUCCGGACUCAUGGCCAUCCGCAACAUCGCGCACGCGAUUCAAGCUGGAGAAACCGGCAUAGGCAUCGCCGCAGGCGUCGAGAGCAUGAGCCUCAACCCGCGCCCCACCCCCGCCGUCUCUGACGCGGUCGCCGCGCACCCCGAAGCACACGACUGCCUCCAACCUAUGGGCUGGACCUCCGAGAUGGUCGCCCAGACCUACAACAUCUCCCGCCAGACGCAGGACGCCUACGCGCUCACCUCCCACACGCGCGCCGCGUCCGCACUCGCGCACGGCCUCUUUCAGCACGAGAUCAUCCCCGUUGAGAUCCGCGGGCAGACCAUCUCCGUCGACGACACCAUCCGCCCGGGCGUCACGCUGGACUCGCUCGCUGCACUGCGCCCGGCCUUCCCGGACUGGGGCGCAGCGUCAACGACGGCGGGGAACGCGUCGGGUGUAGGAGAUGGGGCGGGUUUGGUGGUGAUGAUGCGGCGAGACAGGGCGGCGCGGGAAGGGUUUCCUGUGGUAGGGAAGUGGGUUGGGAGCGCGGUGGUGGGCGUAGAGCCGAGGGUUAUGGGGAUUGCGCCGGUUGCGGCGGUGCCGAAGAUGCUUGAGCGAGUCGGGCUGAACAAGGAGGAAGUGGAUGUCUAUGAGAUCAACGAAGCCUUCGCGUCCCAGUUCGCGUACUGCGUGCAGCAGCUCGACAUCCCAAUAGAGAAGAUCAAUCCCAAUGGCGGCGCUAUCGCCAUCACACAUCCGUUGGGCAUGACCGGCGUCCGCCAGAUCGUCACGGGCCUCGCUGAGCUACAGCGGCGCGAGGAGAAGAUCUUGCUCACCAGCAUGUGUAUCGGCAGCGGAAUGGGCGCAGCGAGUAUAGUGGUGAACGAGGCGUGA